GGUCAGUUGUAUACGUCACUGAGACAGCAACUCAAAGACACAAAAUAUCAGAAGACAUCUAAAGGGAGUGUUGUGGACACUUAGUUAAAGAUGAGUGAUCUGAAAGAAACAAUAGAAUUAGUGAAGUGUAAACUACUGAAAUUAUCUUGGACCUGACCUGCUGUUAGCCAAAUUAACACAUGCAGGAAAACAAAAAAAAACUGAACAGGGAGCACUGGACCAUCUAUAAUCAUGAAGGAAAAUUAUUCGUAGUUGGAAAGUUGAAAAGCUGGAUAUUUUGCUGAGAGUGCAAAAUUGAAUGGAAUUCUUUUUUUCCAUUGUAGAAAAAUAAACAAGCCUUCCUUGUUACUGUCUGUUAUUUGUUAGGAGUGCAGGGCAGAGAAUAGAAUGAACAAUGUUUACAUCACCAACCCAGGCAGUAUAUACUACACCUGUUCCUGUACCAGAGGAUCCAGCAGGCAACAUCAAAGACGAUUGUAGAUUAUGGAUUGGAAAUUUAGAUACUAGACUGACAGAGUACACAUUGUUAAAGCUUCUACAAAAAUUUGGGGAAUUGAAAAGAUUUGAUUUUCUUCUUCACAAACUAGGACCAGAAAAAGGAAAACCUAGAGGAUAUUGUUUUGUUAGUUAUGAAAAUAGAAAGGAUGCUGAGAAGGCAAAGAGGAAUAUGCAUGGUAAACUGGCAUUGUCCAAAAAACUGGUAGUAAAGUGGGCACAUGCAGAAACGGAGAGUGAACAGCAAGAAAUUAAAGUACCAUGUGGCAUUUCUACUGGCAGCACUGAUAGUCAGAUUAGAGCCAUAGAAGACAAAUUAAGGAAGAUGGAAGAAUCAUCAUCAGACUUCACCAUCUCUACAAAACCUGUAGCACAACCAGGAAGUAGCCAACUAUAUCAAAUGAACUCUGCCAAACAAGAACAAAUCAAGAAGCCCUACAGCCGCAAAAAGUGAUCUUAUCAUGGUAUUUUGAUGUCUGAAAAAAAAUCAAUCUUGGUUGCAAAGUUGAUGGUAUUCUGCCAUACUUGGAAUUAUUCCAGUAUCAAUGGUCAAAAUGAUCAUUUGUUGUACCAAGGAAGCUGUGUUGUACUGCAAAUAACAACAGAAGAAAUGUACAUCAAAGAGGACUAGAAAUCUUGAAACAUUAAUUGCGAAAUAUAUAGAUUGUUUUGUGUUAAAUUUCACAUAGGAGAUUGUUAUGCCCCCGCCGUAGCUGAGGGGGCAUUAAGUUUUACCCAAAAUUGGUUUCCUAUCUCUAACUUUAGUUUGCCCCAACCAAAUGUUAUGAAAGUUAAACUCAAUGCUUAUUACCACAAAACACAGAUCAAGUUUGAAUUUUGGUGGCGUCAAUUUUACCGUUCUAGAGUUAUGCCCCUUUACAAACGGAAAAAUUGCUAAAUUUUUCGUUUCCGUUCUCUAACUUUUAUUUGCCUCAACCAAAUGUUAUGACACUAGUACACAAUGCUUAUUACCACAAAACACAGAUCAAGAAUGAAUUUUGGUGGCGUCACAUUUACUGUUCUAGAGUUAUGCCCUUUACAAAUGGAAAAAUUGCUAAGUUUUUGGUUACUGUUCUCUAACUUUAGUUUCCCCCAACCAAAUGUUAUGAAACUUAUACACUAUGCUUAUUACUACAAAACACAGAUCAAGUUUGAAUUUGGGUAACGUCACUUUUACCCUUUUUUAGUUAUGUCCCUUUAUCACAUUAUAUGCAAGCGGGGGCAUCACGUGUGUCCCAUGGACACAUUCCCCAUUUAUUUAGUGUUAAAUUUCACAUAAGAGAUUGUUUUGUGUUAAAUUUCACAUUUAACGCUAUGCAUUUUGUUUUAUUUUAGAUAAAGAUUGUAAGAUUCUUGUAAUCUUACAUACUUGAAA